UCUCUCUAGCGAGCUCCAAAUGCCUGCAAUGGCCUCAAAAACCAUCUCAGUUUGUGUAGCCUUUUUCCUCAUCUUUGUGUUGCUAUCUCAAAACACUCAUUCCAAAUCUACUCAUGACCAGCAUGACCCCUUCAAGUUCAUCCAACACUUGGAGGGAUGCCACAAGGGUCAAAAUGUGAGCGGGCUGCAAGAGCUCAAAAAAUACCUCACCAAAUUUGGCUACCUGAAUUAUGAUCAUUCAAAGCAUGCCAACGACGAGGAGUUUGAUGACAUUCUAGAGUCUGCCAUCCAGUCAUACCAGAAAAGCUAUCACUUAAAAGUCACUGGAACUCUAGACACCACCACGGGGAAACAGAUGAUGAUGCCAAGAUGUGGUGUGCCGGAUGUUGUCAAUGGCACACCAAAGGGCAGCAAGAAACACAACCAUAAGCACAAGCCUAUCCAUGGGGUUGCUCAUUAUGAGUUCUUCUUCCCCGGACCGCGAAGAUGGUCCAAAACCCAUCUGACAUAUCGCUUUAGUUCAAGUGUGAACCAAGUCCCUGGCACACAGAAUGUAAGGUCUAUAUGUGCACAAGCAUUUCAGAGAUGGGCACAAGUGACCAGUUUUACAUUUGAGGAAGUCCCUGCUACUUCAGCAGCUGAUAUUACCAUUGGAUUUCACAGGGGCAACCAUGGAGAUGGACCUGGUAACGCAUUCGAUGGCCCCAGAGGGACUUUGGCGCACGCUAACCCUCCUAGAGGUGGGAAUUUUCAUUAUGAUGCAGAUGAGAGAUGGAGUAGCAAUCCAGGACCAAAUGAGGUAGACUUGGAAUCUGUGGCCGUGCACGAAAUAGGCCAUCUGCUGGGGCUUAAUCACAAUCCUGACCUCCCGGACGCAAUCAUGUAUCCCAACUUCGAUCAUGGGAUUAUAAAACGGGAUCUACAUAGGGAUGACAUUGAUGGCAUACGUGCUUUGUAUGGUUUACAGUAGCAAACGCAUUCUUACCACUUUGACAAAGGUUCUUUAUUACCAAACAAAAUAAACAGAGGAUUGAUGUAUC